AUGGGGUAUGUUGACGGUGAAUUUCCAUGCCCUCCAGCGGUGAUUGACGCCGCACCGGCAACCGGCGAGUCCACGACGUCCACCUCCUCGGUUCCCAAUCCGGCCUACAAGGCCUGGAUUAAGCAAGAUCAGACAUUACUCUCUCUUCUCAUCUCAUCCCUUUCGGAUGAGGUGAUGCACCUUGCGGUUGGGCAGUCCACAUCCAAGGUUGUUUGGGACUCCAUCAACACGGCGCUGACUAGUUCUACGCGUGCGAGAUGUCUCGGACUCCUCGGGCAGUUUCACGCCCUCAGGCAAGGUGGCAGCAGCACGGCUGAGUAUCUCGGCCGAGCUCAGAUGUUAGUGGAGGACCUUGCGCACGCCGGUCGUCCAAUUUCGCUAGCCGAACAGAACAUGUUCGUUCUCCGGGGCUUGCGGCAAGAAUAUCGCUCCAUGGCGUCGUCGUUGACUGCGGCUGGCACUCUAGUCACCAUACCGCAGAUUGCGGAUUAUCUCCGGGCGCAGGAGUUUCUCCAUGCGGAAGAUUAUCCGGCGCAUCCUGAGCACGGGAAUCCAGCUGCAUUCUACGCUGGCCGGGGCCGCAAUGGUGGAUGA